AUGUCGAUCCGUACGCUGAGAAUUGGUCUGAUUCCCGGAGAUGGCAUUGGCAAGGAAGUGAUUCCGGCCGGUCGUCGCAUUCUCGAGGCCCUGCCGUCGUCGCUGAACCUCAAGUUUGACUUUGUCGACCUCAAGGCCGGCUUCGAGACAUUCGAGCAGACGGGUGCUGCCCUCCCCGACCAGACUGUCGAGGUGCUCAAAUCCGAGUGCGAUGGAGCUCUGUUCGGAGCCGUGAGCUCGCCUACCCACGCUGUCAAGGGCUACUCAUCGCCCAUUGUGGCCUUGCGCAAAAAGCUCGACCUGUACGCAAACGUGCGUCCCGUCAAGACAGUCAGGACUGAUCCCAAGGCCAUCGACAUGGUUAUUGUCCGCGAAAACACCGAGGACCUGUACGUCAAGGAGGAGAAGACGUACGAGAGCACCAACGGCAAGGUUGCCGAGGCCAUCAAGCGUAUCUCAGACCGCGCAUCGUUCCGCAUCGCCGCCAUGGCCGGCGACAUUGCCAACCGCCGCCAGGCCAUCCGCGAGACGGGCAUCUCUAGCAUCCACAAGAGCCCUCUCGUCACCAUCACCCACAAGUCCAACGUCCUCUCCCAGACCGACGGCCUGUUCCGUGCCGCCUCCAAACGUGCUCUCGCCGACGCCAAGUACAGCGGCGUCAAGAUCGAGGAGCAGAUCGUCGACUCUAUGGUCUACAAGCUUUUCCGCCAGCCCGAGGACUACGAUGUCAUUGUUGCCCCCAACUUGUACGGUGACAUCCUUUCUGACGGUGCUGCUGCCCUCGUCGGCAGCCUGGGUCUCGUCCCCAGCGCUAAUGUUGGUGAGGGAUUUGCUAUUGGUGAGCCAUGCCACGGCAGUGCCCCGGACAUCAUGGGACAGGGCAUCGCCAACCCUAUUGCCACCCUCAGGAGCACCGCUCUCAUGCUCGAGUUCCUCGAUGAGCCUGCAGCGGCCGCCAAGAUCUACGCCGCCAUCGACGCCAACCUCGAGGAGGGUAAGCUGCUGAGCCCUGACCUAGGCGGCACUGCCACCACUGAGUCCGUCGUUGAGGAUAUCCUCAAGAAGUUGUAG